CUCUCUCUCUCUCUCUCUCUCUCUCUCUCUCUCUGUAUAAGUUUGCUGGGUCAGUACGUCACCUGACUCGGUCUAUGCUCACUGCUCAGCCAUGGACUCCAGGGCUGCACACUGAACUUGUGGAGGAGUAAAUUUUUAGUGUUGGGGAUUAAAUUUUGGAGGAUAAACAUCACCGAAACUACAUGAGGCCUGUGGUUCUGUAAAUAACAAAAUCCAGCCAGGCUAGCAGUUACCCAGAAAUGCAAAUUUUUUAUUUCUCCAUUUGUCCACACCCCUAUACACCAUCCCUUUCUUGGGCAUUAUUUUAAUGGCAGCAAGCAGAGCAAUUUCUUGAUAUUUAAUUGCAUAUGCCAUUAUAUUAUAUUUUGCAUAAUGCGCUGCCAGAAAAGGAAACCACAUUUGGUUCUCCCUUUUUUUCCUCCUUUUUUUUAUUUAAACACUGGUCUCUGUGUUUGGUGGUGCUCUCUCUCUCCCCCUCUGUUUUCUCUCUUGACACACACAUAUGAUGGGGUGCAUGGUGGGGAGUUUUGGUUUUUCUUUUCAAGGAUGUUGAAGGCGAUAUUCGGUGGAGGGACUCUGUAAUUGAGUGUUUGCAUUACGAUGCAUAUAGCAGUUGGAUUUUGUUGGUCGCAUGCUACAGUUUAAAUCUGGUGACAUGGUCUUUGCAAAUUUCGACCAUGGCAAGGUGACGACAGGGAAAGCAGAGGAAGGACGCAAGGGGGAACCUACAAUGGAUUCUAAAUUUUUUCUUCAUAAAGAGAGAUGCAACCUGAGGAGCAAUGGUUGUCAGAGGUCCGUUGACAUGGAGUCUGAGAACGAAUCCCACGGCCUCGUUUGUUCAUAUUCUUCGAAAACCAAACAGAGACGUAUCGUUGGCAAUAGAGUAGGUUCUGAUGAAGCGCUAGACAAGUGCUUAAUCGAUUCUAACAUGGAGCAGAGGAAUGAUGGUGAACCUCAGGAUGCAGAUUACUCCUACAUUCCUUUGCUUGAUGAUGAAGUUGCACGUCUAAUCCUUGCUAGGGUUCCCAGAUCUGAGCAUCCCAAACUCUGCUGUAUAAACAAGCGGUAUUUAGCUCUAGUGAAAAGUGGGGAACUGUCCAAGAUAAGAAGAAAGUAUGGGCUCACCGAAUCGUCAGUCAUAGUCUUAGCUAGUGGGGAGCACCAGUGGUGGGAACAUUCCCCAGGUUCCCAGUGUUGGAGGAAGCUGCCUGAUUUGCCUUGUGAACUGACCUUCUUCUUUGGAGACAAGGAAACACUAUGUGUUGGUUACAGUCUUCUUGUUUCAGGCAUUGAGAGUGAAGGCAUGUCCAUCUGGAGAUACGAGUUUCUCACAAACAGCUGGCACAAAGGUCCAGCAAUGAUUACUCCACGAUGCUUAUUUGCAUCUGCAAAUUGUGGAGAUGUUGCCUUUGUUGCUGGUGGAAUUGCAAGUAGAGCUGGCCGGAUUGGUGGUAAAUCAAUCUUGAAUUCUGCUGAACAGUAUGAUCCUGUAACUAAACGUUGGGAUCCUCUUCCGAGCAUGAGAAAGAGAAGACAACGUUGUUCAGGGUGUUUCAUGGACAAUAGGUUUUAUGUUAUUGGUGGCAUGAAUGAGGAAGGCAGUCUCAACUGCGGGGAAUUCUAUGACAGAGACAAGAAAACAUGGCAUUUGGUUCCGGACAUGUUCAAGGCCAUGUCUAAUUCUAUUUCUCAGUCUCCCCCACUUCUUGCAGUAGUCAAGGAUGAGCUAUAUGCACUUGAACCCACUUCUGACCGGCUCAAACUUUACUUGAAGAAAAGCAAUUCAUGGAAGGAUCUCGGCAUGGUCCCUGUCAGAGCAAAUCACAAUAAGGGUUGGGGAGUUGCAUUCAAAUCAUUAGGUGAUAGGCUGCUCAUCCUUGGUGCAGCAUCGAUUGCUGAAGAUAAUCAAGGCCAAGGUAUAGCAGUUUUCACUUGUCAGCCCAAUCCAAAUGCAGGAGAUUGUCAAUGGGAGUUUCUAGGCAGGACAGGGAACUUCAUGGGUUCCUUCAUAUUCAACUGCUCUAUUAUGGCAGUUUAGUUUUGGCUGCAUAGAAUUCAUGCAUCUGUUGGAGCUGUUGGAAUAAAGCUCAUACUGGAAAUUGCAUUUGAACACAGAUCAGAAACCUGUGUUUUAAUAGGAUUAUACCAGCAAGAAGAGUGGAGUACAUCUGUCGGCUACCCAUCCUUGUUAAAAUUGGUUUUCACAAGUUCUUGGAAUAUGUCUUGCUUUUUCAUGUCUCUAGGAGCAUUUCUUUUGCGGGCACACGUGAUUUAGUCAUUGCAUUUUAUGGCACUAAAGAUAUAAAACCACAGACACACACGCCUCCUUAUACCUGGCCGUGAUGCAUUUCGUCUUGUAUAAUCAUUCCAAACUUUCUACAAAGAUUCAGCAUUGUCAAUUUAGUUCACCAUAAUAGCAGGUUUGCCUCUCC